AUGGAGCAGGCCCGCUGUGGAGGCUCUGAGGCCGAGGCCGAGGCCGGCCUGGGGACAGGACCAAGGACCAGCGGGAGCCGGUGCCAGGAGGAUGCUGCGGUGCAGGGCUGCUCCCGGGGGCCCCUGAGGCUUCUCCUCUUGGGGAAGGAUAGGGCAGGAAAAAGUGCCACAGGAAACACCAUUCUGGGCAAAGAGGUGUUCCUGUCCAGAUUCAGUGAGAAGCCGGUGACUGAAACGUGCCAGAGAGAGAGUGGGACCGUGAGAGGGGAGGAGGUUGUGGUCAUCAACACCCCCAACCUUUUCUCCUCAACAGCUUGUGUCAACGACAAGCAAGGAGCCAUUAAACACUGCUGGGAGCUUUCUGCCCCCAGCCUGCAUGUCCUGCUUCUGGUGAUCCCCAUCGGCCACUAUAACGAGGAGGACAGAGAGACAAUCGAGGGCAUCCAGCAGGUGUUUGGAGCGGGAGUCUGGAGGUACAUCAUUAUCAUCUUCACUCGGAAGGAUGAUUUGGAUGUUAAUUCCAUGGAAGAUUACUUUCAAGACCACACAUCGCUUGGAAAGUUGGUUGAAAACUGUGGAAGACGCUACUGCGCUUUCAACAACAAGGCAAGUGAGGCUGAGCGGGACAGCCAGGUGGGAGAGCUCCUCUCCAUGAUCAAGUGUUUGGUGGAUAAGAAUGGAGAACCCUAUCCCGUAAAUUUCAACAAUGAAGGCAAUGGAUCCCAGGUCUGUGUGAAAGAAGCUACCUCUCAGGAGGAGGACUUUCCACAUGGGGAGCAGCUGCAGGCCACAGGAUCUGAGCCGAUCCCUGGGAUGCCAGAACUAACGGUCCUGCUUGUGGGGAAGCGUGGCGUUGGAAAAAGCACAGUCGGGAAUAUCCUUCUGGGGAAGCGAGUCUUUGUGACCGAAUUCAGUGACGAAUCAGUAACCAAGAAGUUUAAGUCUGAGAGCAGAAUCUGGAGAGGGAGGAAAAUUUUGAUCAUUGAUGGUCCAGACUUAUUAUCUUUAAAUGACUUUAAAUUAGACCUUAGGAAACAUGCCCCUGAGGGCCCCCAUGCCUUCCUGCUGGUCACCGCACUGGCCUCCUCAACUGAGAAAUUCUCACAUGAAGAGAUUUUGAACACAAUCCAAAAAUGUUUUGAAGACAAAUUAGCUAAGUAUAUGAUUGUGCUCCUCACAAGGAAAGAUGAUCUAGAGGACCAGAAAGUAGAUAUGCUUUUAAACAGCAAUAAAGCUUUCUACAGUAAGCUUGUAGAGAAUCCUAAAAACCAAAUCAGCAUCUUCAACUCUAGAGUGACAGGAAAAGAGGAACAAAGCCAGGUAGAUGGGCUCCUGCAAAAAGUUGUGAAAAUGGUGCAACAGAAUGGAGACAAGCCUUGCAACUUCAAAAAGGAAGAGCCCCUGCGCAUUGUCCUCGUGGGGCGGAGCGGAGCUGGGAAGAGUGCCACCGGGAACUCCAUCCUCGGGCGUAACAUCUUCACCUCUAAGCUCAGUCCCCAGACGGUCACCAAGGCGUUCCAGAAGGGCAAGAGGACAGUGGCGGAGCAGGAGGUGGAGGUGGUGGACACUCCUGACCUCCUAACCCACUUACAGAAGGUCGAAAGCUCUGAGCUCAGUCCUAAAAGUAACACGGUUCUAGUCCUGGUGCUCCAGCUCGGAUGUAUCACGGCCCAGGACAGAGAGGUGGUGAUGGCACUGAAGUCCACGUUCGGAAGUAAUGUUAUGGAACGCAUGAUUGUGCUUUUCACCCGGAAGGAAGACUUGGGGGACGAGGACAUUAAAGAUUACUGCAAAAACACAGACACAUUUCUUAAGGAGACCAUUAAAAAGUGUAACGGGCGAGUUUGUGCUUUUAAUAACAAAGAAACCGGCCGAGCUAUGGAAGACCAGGUAACAGGCCUUUUGCAAAUGGCCGAUAAGCUGAUACGUAACUGUAAAUGGUCUGUGGAAGGGGAGAAAGUCAGGAAAAUAACUGAAGAUGCCCAGGAAAGCAAAUAUUUCGGAAACGCAAUCACAAAAUUAAAAAAAUAUAUUUCAUAG